ACUUUUGCUCGCAACUUCAUGGUCCACAUUCCACCCGAACUCAUUAACCUCAUAGUUGCGGAAAUUCCCAGCCGUUCUUCCCUCGAAAGAUGCUCCCUUGUCGCUUCUCCCUUCCGCCAGCCAUGUCAACAGCGUCUCCAUCGACUACUCAAGGUUACGACAAAAACGAGCGGUAGGGGAGGAAGAUAUAUGCACUGGAAAGACAUCGCCAAACACUUUCGCGCGUCUCCUCACCUCGUAUCAUAUGUUGUUCAACUCAUGGUCGAGUUUGAAGCGGAACGCGAAGUUUUUUCGGACACGAUGAAGGAGGUUCUCGGUCAGUUGACAUCAGUGCGGGAGGUCUGCCUCAUUGGGACCAUGUCUUCCUUCACCAAACCUUUCCACUCAGGAGGGGCUCCCAUCAUUCUUUCGUGGCUUUCUUCUCGUCCUCGUGGCGCUACCCGUCGACUUGUAGUUGAAGCAUUUCCGAAUAUCCCGGUGUCAGAUAUGCACCUCAUUUACAACGCAGCACCCACUCUGUAUCUCAGAACUGUGGGACCUCCGAGUCAUUCCCAGGAUACGCCUUCAGAAGCUCCAACAACGCCAAAUUCGAUCGUCAACUUCCGUGCGCCAAAAUAUCCGACAUCUAUUACGACUCUUCUCCUCCCCGAGUUCGAAGGCUAUAUAAAAGGCCUUAAGCAUAUUUCCAUCGAAGUCGACCCUAAAGUCUACGUGCUCCAAGCCUUCUAUGCAUUGUUGUGUCUUACCAAGGCGACCAUUGAAAGCAUCGCAUACAACGAGUACAUGCCAGACGAUUGGACAGAGUAUGAACCAACAUUAGAAGUAAAGAUAGGGUUACCGGGUCCAUUACCCAAGCUCACCCACCUAUUGGUUCGCGUCGAGAAAGACUACAAAAAAGGCUAUUUCGAGCCCAAAUGGCUUAUCCCUCUCGUCCUUGCCACCAUUUUCCCUGCAUCGAAAAGCCCCGCCCUCACUUGCGUUACAGUCCAGGUUUUCCUGGAUUUAUCCCGCUCCAAGCAUUGUCCCGGUCCCCUUCCCACUGAGCUCAUGAAAACACUCGACGACACAUUCACGCAGCAUUGUAAUGUUACCGCCGUAAAAUGGGUCAUCUGCGACCCCGAGAAUGCGAAGAAAAAGGACUGCGAAGCAAUAUUUCAGGCCUUUCGAGAAGCGUUGCCCAAAAUUGUCGCAAAAGGGCUACUUACCACAGAGCGCGAGAUUCUACGGAAAGAUCCGCUUCUUGAAAGUCGUUGCUAA